AUCUCCUUCCCUGCACACCCAAUUACAUUUGCACAUUUACAAAAAAGUAGUAGUACAGCAUCUACAAAACUCAGCUGGCGUGACCGACCUAGAGAGAGAAACCUGAGUUUCUAGAGAGAGAGAGAAGAUAGGGAGUGAGAGAGAUGCGGAACCCAUCACCAUCGUCAUCGUCUUCGAAACCCACCACGACGAAGUGUUGUAGCAAGGUGGGUCUGAAGCGAGGCCCGUGGACUCCCGAAGAAGACGAGCUCCUCGCCAAUUACAUCCGCCGCGAAGGCGAGGGCCGGUGGCGGACUCUGCCGCACAGGGCGGGUCUCCUCCGCUGCGGCAAGAGCUGCCGCCUCCGCUGGGUCAAUUACCUCCGUCCCUCCGUCAAGCGCGGCCACAUCGCUCCCGACGAGGAGGACCUCAUUCUUCGCCUCCACCGCCUUCUCGGCAACAGGUGGUCUUUGAUAGCUGGGAGAAUUCCGGGGCGUACAGAUAAUGAGAUCAAGAAUUACUGGAACACUCACCUUAGCAAGAAGUUGAUCAGCCAAGGGAUAGAUCCCAGAACUCACAAGCCAUUAAGCCCUAAUUAUGAGGAUAAUAAACCCUCUUCCUCCAAAGCAAAUCAUAUCCCAAACCCUAACCCUAACCCUAAUCUCGUUACUUCAACUGAUCUUAUGGAGGAGGAAUCUGCCAGUGCCAAUAAAACUGGUGGCGUAGUCGAUAAGGGAUAUGGGAUCAUCGAGCUCCAGCUCCAGCAGUACCACGAGGACGGAACAGCAGGAAAUGAUGCUGUGAAAAUGCAGAAUUCUGAUGGUUCCGGAGGGACGGGUUUGAGAAGCAGCCAUGGGCUCAGCAGUCAAGAUGAUGAUGAUGUUUAUAAUUACACCGACGAUGUGUUCUCUUCGUUCUUGAAUUCAUUGAUCAAUGAAGAUGUGUUUGAUGGCCAACACCAAGUAGUGCAACAACAGCAUAAUAUUAAUAAUAUGAUGAUUGCACCCGGUGGCGGCGGCGGUUCGGAUCCUCUGAUCAAGUCUUUUGCCUUUGGUGGUGUGGGAUGGGAUGCUCCGAUCAUGAAUUCGGUGUCUGCUUUUAACCAAAAUGAUCCCAAGAGGUUUGAAGAUCAUGUUGAGAAGCAUUUCUGAUCAAAUCCAUCGCCUGCAUGCUUUAAGAAUGAAGCUUCAGUUCGUUUAUUAGUUCUGAGGGUUCUAGGGUUUGCAGUAGUGUUAUUUUAUGUUUGCUAUGUAUCUUCUUCCACUUUAUCAGCUUUUUAUGAUCUUGUUGUGGUGGUAUUUGUUGUGUUAUACUUUGAUGAUGUUGUAAACAAACCAUAUAUCAACCAGUUAUGUAUUAAUCUGGUGGUAUGGGUUUAUGUGCUGUUUCCUUUGCAUAUUAUCAAGAAAUCGGAAUUAUAGUGUUUGUA